GCUUUGCUUCUGGAAGUUGCUCCAUAUAACAACAGAAAUAUGAACACGAAGCUCUUGAAGAUCGGGAUCCUGACGGCGGUGCUCUUGGCCCUUGCCAUUGGCAUUGGGCUGUUCUUUGGGCUGCGCCCACAGCCACAAAAGCACACCUAUGCAAAGGCAGCAGUGGCUACCGAUGCAGGCCCCUGUUCGGUCAUCGGGAGGGACAUCCUUCAGAAAGGGGGAUCCGCUGUGGAUGCUGCCAUUGCCAGUCUCCUGUGUGUGGGCCUGAUGAACCCCCACAGCAUGGGCAUCGGAGGGGGCCUUUUUUUCACCAUCUUCUCAGCAGAGGGGAAAGUGGAAAUCAUUAACGCCAGAGAAGUGGCGCCCAAGAAUGCAUCUCGAGACAUGUUUGGCAAGAACACCACUCUGUCCCAGAAAGGUGGAUUGUCCAUUGCAGUUCCAGGAGAAAUCCGUGGCUACGAAAUGGCCCACCAACGGCAUGGCAAACUGCCUUGGAAGGAGCUGUUUCAGCCCAGCAUCCAGUUAGCCAGAGAAGGCUUCCCUGUUGGUCAAGGCCUGGCCAAAGCCCUGGAGUCCAGGAGCAGUGAAGUUGAAAGCACCCCAUGCUUGUGUGAGGUCUUCUGCAAAAGCGGGAAGGUGCUGCAGGAGAAGCAGCUCCUCCGCCUGCCCAAACUGGCCAGCACCUACGAGACCAUCGCCAAGCAGGGUGCAGACGCCUUCUACACCGGCAGCCUGGCACAGCAGAUGGUGGCCGAGGUCCAAGACGCAGGCGGGAUCCUUACCAUGGAGGACUUGAGGGAUUACCGACCAACCCUGGAAGAAAACCCUUUAAAAGUGCAACUUGGCCAAUUCAGCAUGUAUGUGCCCAGUGCGCCUCUAAGUGGUCCUGUGCUGGCCCUGAUUCUCAACAUCCUGAAAGGCUUCCAGUUCUCUAAGAACAGCAUUCUGACUCCAGAAGAGAAGGGCUUGACGUACCACCGCAUCUUGGAGGCUUUCCGCUUUGCCUACGCCAAGAGGAGUUUACUUGGAGACCCUGCAUAUGUCAACCUCACAGAGGUGAUGAGAAACAUGACAUCAGAGUCCUUUGCCGACAGUUUGCGGGGCAAAAUCACCAACACUACCCAUAACAUCAACUAUUAUGAACCAGAUUACUACACUCCAGAGCAUGCUGGGACAUCCCAUGUCUCAGUCGUAGCUGAGGAUGGCAGCGCGGUCUCGGCCACCAGUACCAUCAAUCACUACUUCGGCUCCGACCUCCGUUCCCCUGUGAAUGGCAUCAUCUUCAACAAUGAGAUGGAUGACUUCAGCUCCCCCCACAUAGUGAAUGGCUUUGGGGUCCCCCCUUCGGUGGCCAACUUCAUUGCCCCAGGUAAACAACCUUUCUCAUCCAUGUGUCCGACUAUCCUGGUGGAUGAGAAGAACAAAGUCAGGAUGGUGGUCGGUGCUUCUGGAGGGACAAAAAUCACAACAGCAACAGCCCUGACAAUCGUCAAUGCCUUGUGGUUUGGCUAUGAUGUUAAGACUGCUGUGGAGGAGCCGCGAGUUCAUAACCAGUUGUUCCCCUCAGCUACGCUUCUGGAGAUGGAUGUGAAAGAGGAAAUAGAAGAAGACCUGGUGAGAAGGAAACAUGAGGUCAACAGGACCAAUGAAACUGCUGUGGUGCAGGCCAUUCUCUGGACUGAAAAUGGUUGGGCUGCAGCCUCCGAUUCCCGGAAAGGGGGCUUCCCAGCAGGAUACUGAGCUGGUCAGCUACACGUAGCUCAGAAGGCCUGAGACUGACAGGCUCACCACGUUCUACAGAUCUCUGGAGCAAGUGAUUCUGCAUCUCACCAAUGUGGACCGUGGGAUAGAUUUAUAAUGAACAUAGGAUGAUGAGAUGACCAUGGGACACUGCU